UAUUUAAAUUAAGAAUUGCUAAUGACAUGUAUUUAUUUACUUUGCAGAACAGCAAUUUUCAUAUUCACUCCCAAGGACAGACAAAUAUUCAGAUUGGGGAAAAGAACAAUAUCAAAAUUGAAAACCAAGAGACAUGUGUGAACGCUAAUAAUGUCACUGGUUUAGAGAGACGAAUGGCGGUGCUAGAACGUCAGUAUAGCAGUAUAAAUGUGGGGUUGAAUGAAUUAACGAGCGCAGUAAGAAAUUACCAAUCAAUGUAUGUUUCAAGAAUAGAAAAUGAAAAUGAAACGGAAUCUGGUACUAGCAAUGAAUACCAUGAUCAAACGGGAUAUGAAGAAUUUACUAAUACUGAUACGAAUGAUGUAUACGAUGAUGAAUCACAGAGCCAUACUCAAGCUAGCCAGAACAUUGAUGACACACAAGUUAAACAGCCAAUAGUCGAUUCAAUAUACGAUGACAUUACAUCUGAGAUGAUGCUUGGUGGUGCUGCUGGUGCUCAGUAUGAUGUAUACGAUGAUGAAUCACAGAGCCAUACUCAAGCUAGCCAGAACAUUGAUGACACACAAGUUAAACAGCCAAUAGUCGAUUCAAUAUAUGAUGACAUUACAGCUGAGAUGAUGCUUGGUGGUGCUGCUGGUGCUCAGUAUGAUUAUAGGCGACCCCUGUCGAACUGGCAUGCAACGAUCCUGACUCUAUUAACAGAAAUCAGAGAUAGACUGUCAAACAUACCGAUUCAUCAACCGUCGUCGUCAAAUAAUCAUCACCAAAUUCCGAUGAGCGUAAAUGCCGAUCCCCAUUAUAACAGUAUUAGCGAUGCAACAAUUCCUCCGGAACUUUUGGAUGGUGAUAGACACCGUCCUUUGGAAGAGAGGGAAUAUUACAAUAUUGGCGACAUGACAAUCACAGAGACACAACUUGACAUAUUAGCGGCUUAUGAACCUAUUUCUACCAGUCAGACCGUGGAUUACAUCACUGCGAUUAGUUCAAGUUACAGAAGCAUUUCAUCACUGACAGAGAUGCAACGCAUGAAUGUACACCGCAGUCCUGGUGAUGCAACACUAACCAAUGAGUUUCAGGUAUUUGGCGCUGACCGGAGCAGUGGACGACGAUCAACUACAAAUGGAAUGACUAGAAACCGCGAUUUUGAAAUCCUUAUCAAACACAGAAAUGGGCUACGUUCCGAGAGACGACAUCAGUGGAUAUCAGUAGGACCAACUACUACCAUACACGAUAUAAAAAAAAGAUUCAUGGAUUGUUUUGGAUGUCGACCGAAGGUGGAUUAUAUCGUUACACAGAAACAGAAUAUUCGUGAAACACAUUUUGAUGACUUAAGCACACUCGGUUGCCUUGGUGUAGAUGGUGGGUCCGUUGUUCAUUGCGUCAGUUAUCAAGAGAAUGAAAAUUGUAUAUAUGAUUUAGAUGAUGAACAAGAAAGCAACGGCAUUCAAUAUUCUGCAUUGGUACAAUUUGACGAUGUUAUGUAUAUUAGUAGGGCCAAAGUAUGAAAUAAAUGGGCCAACCUAAAAAAAAUUGCAAGAAAACGUUUUAUGGUUGUUUUCAAAAGUUGGCUGAAAUUGAACUAAAGCAAAGGGUCUAAAUAUGACGUCAAAAAUGGCCAAAGCAAAAAGUCUUAUUGCAGAGGCAUAUGAACAUAUCAUAUAAAACACAAAUUUAUAUGGAAAACAAUCACUGGGUUUAUUUCAAACUACGUUUCAACAAGUUCCUCUUGUCGUUCUCAAGUAAGUAAUGAGAACGACAAAAGAAACUUGUUGAAACGUAGUGUGAAAUAAACCCAGUGAUUGUUUUCCAUAUAAAUUUGUGUUUUAUAUUUUGAGAGAGGAAGGGUCAGGUUAAUUAUGUCUUCAUUUUUUAUUAAUUCAUUUACAUUCGUUCAUUUCUUCAUUCGUUCAAUUUUUUAUUCAUUCAUUUAUUUAUCUGUUCUUUUAUUCAUAAUUCAUUUAAUCACAAAUAUUACCAGCAAAUCGGCAGAAACGUGUAAACGUGUUCAGCGUUGGCCUGAUUUAAGAAAACUUUUCCUACGUAAUACGACAUUCAUUUAAAUUUAUGCAUUACAUUUAAGUUUCUAAUUAUUUCUUGAAUAUUAUAUAAUUAGUAAUGAUCGUGUAUGCAUUAGUGAAAUUUAUUAGAUUUUAAGUUGAUUUCAAUAUUUACAUAUGUCUUACUUAGUCAUGGAAAUUGUGCCAUAUAAACUGCAUAAUGAUAAUAGUAAAAGUUGAAGCCUGAACCCAUUAGUGUGAAUAAUUAGGAUCUGAUAAACUCUCGCACCUGAUUUUAAGCAGAGCAUGUUUCUCUGUUUAGAUGUUAAUUGGAUGUACACCUGUCUUUAGCGGAAUGGAACGUUCAGUUUUGUAAUAAGGCUUCUAGACUCAUUCGAGUUAGUUUGUAGCUGAGAAGUGAGACGGAAGUGGUUGCCUUUAGUGAGUAUUGUUACUGGUUAUAUAAUAACAUUACAUAUAAAUAUAUAUAUAUUUAUUUUAUGUUUAUUGUUACUGAUUAUAUUUUAUGUUUAUUGUU